AUGUCUUACUACAAGACAGAAUACGAGCGGUUCUUGAAAAGCCCCAAGACCGCUAAAUUGGCUGGGGAUGUAUCUCUAAUCUACGUGCCUACUACUACCAAGUUCCAAAAACCCGACAAUGUGAUCACUCAUGUUUUGAAGCAACACCAUGUGGUCGAGACGAAAUCCCACAAAGUCAUCAGCGCCAUUGAAGGCUCAGAUGCACUGUGUCUGGACAUGGAAACAACCCUCGAGUUCAAGGAGGGCGGCGGGGCCUAUCUCCCCUCGCUGGAUGAUAAUUUCCUGGCCGACCGCGUCGUGACUUUCCCCACGAUUCACAUUGUCCACUUCGACACCGAACAACAAAUCAAACAAAUCCGCAUCCACUGGGACCAGGCCUCCCUCCUGAGACAAGUUGAAGUUAUUGGUGCGCGCGGACGCGCCUGGCCUAUUCGCGAUGGAAAGGAUCAAAUCCGUCUCCUCAAGACAGCUGAGGCAGAACGUUCUACAGCUGCCGUCCCAGGAUUGGAGACAGAACGUCCCGCUCGCUCUUCAUCUCCCAGCAAGCGCCACAUCAAAGAUCCCUAUUCCGCAGGAUCCCUGGAUGACCUUCUCUCGCCGAGCAAGGAAGCAGCCGAACGCGAAGCUCGCGCUGCCAAGUCUUCGUCCCCUGGAAAGAGAUACACCAAAGACCCGUAUGGAGCUGGAUCCCUGAACGAGAUCCUCUCGCCAAGCAAGCCGGCCCCUGCCCCUGUAGCACCGUUCGCGCGUUCAUCUGGCCAACCUGCCUCGCGCAACUUCAGCGAUAUCUUUCAGAAGGACGACGAUGUUCCAGAAUCGCCAUCGAGGCCGCAGCGCCGCGCACCCCGAGUCCCUGAAGAAGAUGAAUCCGAAAGUGGACCUGUCGGUGAAGAUCGCAGCUUCUACAAAAGCAAUCCCUCAAGAUUUGACCACUUCGACAUCACCGGAAACGAUACCAGCCGAGAAAUAAAGCAUGAGACUAGAUCUCAACGCUCGAACCUCUAUGCAGCCGGCCAUUGGGACUUCGGUGACGAUUACACUACCCCUGUCAAGAAUACACGCGCUCCUCGUGGUGAAGAAGUCCGCCACUUCGAUCUAAGCGAGGACGAAAGUCCCGAGAAGUUGAAGAUCAUCAAGCCCCGCCGCGACACAACGCGUCACUUCGACCUAUCAGAUGACGACAAUGACGACGGCCGCAUUAUCAGCUCAUUCGGUGGUCGCAGUAAACGUCUCUAUGAGAACCGUCUAUUCGAUGACGCAGAGGGCCAGGGCCCCAUGCCGUCCGAGCGGGAGAAGAAGAACGAGCCAUUGGCCGUUGCAGGCAAUGCAGCGAAUCGCAAGAAGAAUUUCAAUCCUCACUUCGACUUCGCCGAUGAUUCCCAGAAUACUCCCCAGCCCACUGCUAAGCAUGAUAAGGCCGUGCAGCAGAUGCAAUCUCAUUGGCACGACUAUGAUGAGUCGCCGCAUGAGAAACGUACCGGUACGACGACUGCCAUGCACAACCCGUUAACCCACAACCAGCCUAGCUGGCAUCAUGGUGACGAGUAG